AUUUUUUAAAGGAAUUAUACAAGAUAUCAUGGCCAUCACCAAAAUAGGUCCAGAUUAGCCACGUGUUAGCAACCAACGUUUUCGACCCAUAUAUCGUUUCGUGUCUUUGGCUUUGCUGAAAUUUUAAUUCUUCAGUGGCCGUGACUGACUUCACCUGACUUGGAGUGUGUCAUCUUUACACAAUCAUAGUUCUGAAUAACUAAUGAUGAAUUUUACGAUUAUUUUAAAAAUCUCUAAUGAUAUAUAUCCACAUUACAUUAAUAACAACGAGCGUUGGCGGGACAGUGGCGAGCAGCAGGCAGCUACCAACCACCGGACGUGGGGGGUUCUAUUGAGAAAGAGAAUUUGUUCGUAUUACAAUUUUAAAAUAAAAGCAAAAAUUAUUUGGAUAUUGGUGCCGGCAGAUUAGUAUUCAUGGAGGUUAAGAGUUUGAAGUUAUUUUUAAUUUUUUUCUUGCAAAGAGUCUGACGCUACUAAAGGUUUGAUAUAUUCAUUUUAGACUAGAUACCUUGGGGGCAUUUUCAGUUUGACGUUUAUGUUUAUUUUAUUUAACCACCAUGUUGUUUAAUUGCUCAAAAUACAACAAUAGAAUAUAUUACAAAAGAUAAUCUUGAUAAAUUUCAACGUCCCCCCUUUGUAUAAUUUGACUGCAAAACAAAUAAGACAGAGAAAAAUAAUCAGAUGAAGACGUGCCUCUAGCUAAGCUGACCUUCGUAUACAUAUAUUAUAGUUUUUUCUCCAAAAAUAACAAAUAACACUCGAGUUUAUAAUAUAUUUGAGUAUGUAGACCCACUUAUAUGCAGAAGUGUUCUUACCUGCCUCUAACGUGCUGUCAACUCCUACCGUCCUACGAACCCCCAAGCGUUACUACAAACCCUAAUAAUAUGUUAUAUAACAUAAAGUUGUACAAUCCAAUGCAUAUAGUCCGACUUUAAUACAAGUCUUGCAUGAUCAAUCAACUGAAAAAAAUACCAAAGAACUUUACCAAAGAAAAUGGCAACCACCACCACCACUAGUCGCAGAGUUCGGCCUCCGUCGCCGAAUGUUUACCGGAGCAGGAGUACAACCUCGUCGAUCUCUCUUCCGGUGUCUUUAAAUGCGUCAGUCUCGUCUUCUGGUUCAUCCUCUACUUCCUCCUCUCCUUCCAAUACAAGCAAACGUGUGAUGAUAAGCAGAUCACAAUCCACAACAAGAUCUUCCAGACCCAACCCGGAAUCAAGAGAGAUGAUCCCGGCGAGAAACAGCGAGUCAAGAACUCACGAGGUGAACAACGGUAGAACCAGAGAGGCGUUUGCUCGCUACUUGGAGCAACGUGAGCGUGGUAGUCCUCGUAAUAACGCUUCAGGGAAAGGUGUAAAACCGGGAGCUAACUCACCAUCGGCGUGGGCACUGUCCCCAGGGAGAGUUUCGACGAUGAAAACUUCUUCGUCCAGUUCAUCUCCGGCGACUUCAAUGUGCCACACGCCGCCUGAGUCACCGGUAAGCGCGGCCAAGAUGAGAACCAGUGGCCGUGGAGCCGUGGCAGGAGUUUUGAAAUACUUUAAGGCUCAGAAGAAAGUAUCGCCGGUUCAAGAGGAGGAGUAUCACCGGUUUAGGCUUCUCCACAAUAGAUUAAUUCAGUUAAGGUUUAUUAAUGCAAGAACAGAAGCUACUAUGGCUAACCUUAAGGUCAAUGUUGAGGAUCAAUUGUUUUGGGUUUGGCUUAGGAUAAACAAAAUGAGGAACUACGUCGUUGAAAAUUUAAUUGAAGUUCAAAGGCUACGUCAGGAAAUCAAACUACGUCAAGUUCUGAGCCUUCAAAUGCCUUUACUUAAUGAGUGGUCCAAGCUGGAUGCAAAAAACUUCGAAGCGUUGAGCAAGCUAACUCGAAAACUGCAUGCUUUGUCUGUUCGUUUACCCCUCCUACAUGGUGCAACGGUAGAUGUGGUGGCCAUACAUGAAGAAAUGGUCACAGCUAUAGAAGUCAUGGAUGAGAUAGAAGACAUUGUCAUCAAGUUUCUCCCACGAGUUGAAAUAAUCCUAUAUGAGAUGACAGAAUUGCUUAGCAUGUUCAAACAAGAACUGUCAUAUUUUGAAGAGUUGGAGAAGAGCCUUUUCCUUAUUCCUGUCUUUGCGGCGAAGGAAAGUAGCUUAAAGGUCCAUGUUCUCCAGAAGAUUGAAGAAGAGAGAAAAUCUUUGCAACAUUGAUAAUAGCGUUUCUCUAGUGACUCAAAAUGUUAAUUACAUUAUACAUUGUGCAAACUGGUGACUCUAGUCUAUAAAAUGAGGUAAUUUAAUAGAAAUACCACUUUUUAUAAAGAUCUAGACGAUGUUUGAUCUAAAGAUCUAGAAGAUGUUUGGUCGUUGGAGAAGAAGGGCAUGUGUAUGUAGGUUUCAGAGUGGAAAUUGUGUCUUUAAAACUCUGCCUCAGACAUGCAAACAGAUAAGUGAGGGUUCUUCUAGAAAUAGCCGGUCUUGUUUGUUGAAGCUAUCAUUUUAUAUUACAAAGAAAGAUGUAACUAAAGACAAAGUAACAAAAGAUUUGUUGGGGCUGUCAGAUGAUUGAAGCUCUAGGAGCUCAUGCUCUCCGCUACCGGUGGUUGCUCGAGGCUCGAGCUGCAGCGACUAGGAUGGCAAAGCUGCGUGUGGAUAAAAACCAAUAAUUUGGAGCAGCGCUGCGGGCAAGCCAAAUUCUACCAAGGCUGUCUCAUAGGUUAUCAAAGGCUUUCUUCCCAUGCGGCAAUGCUUCGUGUCAAGUUUAGACUCUGUCCAAGCUAAUGAACCUUUUGUUAAAUAUGGUAGUGACCGAUGUUUCAGUUGGGUUUGCUUCUUCUUUUUCUCUGGUGUUGUUUUAGAUUUAUAAUUUUUCAUUCCGCUACUUGUGUUCUAUGUAACUUCUGUCACAAAGAAAAUUCGGUAUAAAAUUUAACAUUUACAUCCAAAAAAAUGUAGCAAAAGAUCAUCGUGCAAAACAAGAAACAAAAAAGUUGGUAUGUCGUGUAAAGAAACGACCAGUUAAUAUACAACAGACAACAUACUAUAUUAACUUUUACUAAGAAGAUUUACUAUUGAUUUAUUGUGUUAGUAUUGAAUAAAAAAGAAAUAUUUAUGAGAAGUAUUGAGAACCAAAGACUUGGUUAAAGGUUAAAACAGCAUGCCGUGUAUUAGAACCCAAUGUAAUGGGGGUAGGAGAAUCACAAUGCAAUAUUUAGAAAUCCAAAGAAAUGUGGUUUCCUUGUUAUGUGACUUAGUCUUGUAACAUUGGUUGCCACUAAGAUAAUUUUUUGUUCUAAUCCUCAUUAUGAGGUUAAUCGAAUUUUUAAUUUUUGUUGACAAAUCACAAGCAUCUUCUUUCUCUUUUAUAAUUGCUUCUAAGUUCUAAGUAAAUUUCUAUGAGCUAUUGCUGUUUUCUAUCCUUUUUAUCAAGCUCUUUGAGCAUGAAUAAGCUUGGUUGUGUUACAAAAAAAAGAAAAAAAGAAUAAGCUUGGUUUGAUUCUAUUACACCGUGGACCUAGCACUAUGCAUUAUAUAUCCAUUAUAAAACUAACCAAGACUUUUAUUUAUUGAAAACAAAUAGUAACGAAUGUCGAUUUGCUCAAAAAUAAAAGAAAAAGAAUGUCGAUAUAUGACCGGGUGAUUGUGGUCGAGUGGUAAGGAGACGGGGCUGAGACACCAACAUGUUUCAGGUUCGAUCCACCUGCUGCGCGAAACUAAGUCACAAUUAUCCUGGUCACCCAACACGAAUAUGGGCCCAUGCUUUAAUGCCCAUUUGAAUACCCGGAGAGAGGGUCUAUCCGUGGGCUGCACCUCCCCUUGGGGAUUAGUCUGGGCCUCUCCAUGGGCCUGGGAUACCCCCAGGUUAAUCAAAAAAAAAAAAAAAAAAAAAAAAAAA